AUGAUAAUUUGCUCAAGUCGGUCUGGUGGAGUUUGGUGUACAGAGACGAUUUCUUCUCAAGAUGCCUCUAUGCCAGCAGAAGCACCGCCAUCGUUGAUGGAUGCAAACCGAGGAGUUAGGGCAAAAAGAAUAAUGGGACAUCUUAUUGGAACGCUUUCCAAGUGUAAAGAAGAGUUAAUUGCGCGAGAAGAGUUAAUUUCCAAACGCUCUCAACUAGAGGAACGUGCCUGUUUGAAGCGAAAGUCACAGGAAGAGUCGGAAAAUAUUCAAAAAACCCUAUUAAGGCACCGGCGUUUGCAGGAAGAAAAGGAGAAAAGGGCAAAAAUCGAAAAAGAACAUCGAGAUGCCGAACUUUGCUCGCUGAAAGAAAUGGAGGAGGAGUGGAGUAGGCAUCAUCAGACGCUAUCCAAGUUUUUAAUAACCAAGCUCCCCCCACCGGCACACUUUGAGAGAGAUUCUUUUAAAGAUUUAUUGUAUAUUUUGAAAGAUAUUUUAUUGAAAGAAAAUAAAAUCUUUAAAUAUGCUUUACAUCAUGGGGCAGCCUUGGGAUUGGAAAUCCGCGCCGAUAUUGUCAGAAUUGUUGAUGUUAAAUAA